AGGAGGUUCAUGAUUAGACGGACGCCUAUAUAAAAGUUCGCAUUGACCCAAAAACAGGUAUUUCAAUUUCAUCAUUCACAAACAUCGCAUCAUCCAAAGGAAACGGUGAAAAUCCUCUCGGGAAAUUCUUGCGCGUUAGAUCAAGUUGAGUAAUUUAUUGUUGAAAUUUUUUCUUGCGCAUUGAAAAAUUGCGAUCGCCAAAAAGUGCUUAGUGAAUUGUGAAUCUUUUUUUUGAAAAUCAAUUUCAACGAGAAUUCCAGUUUGAAUUUACGGUGAUUCGCUACUAUCUCCGUAACUUCUUUUAAAUUUAAUAUUUUGCUGUGAAGUAUAAAUUUUGAAAAGAAAAUUUGUGAAAAUGCCUGGACGUCCACUGUGGCAGGUUGCUGGCAAGCGAGAGCCCUCUCAGGAAGCUGAAGCCCAACAUUGGAUUGAGACAGUUUUGGGUGAACGUUUCCCCCAAGGAGUCCUCUAUGAGGAUGUCCUUCGCGAUGGUGUUAUUCUGUGCAGGCUCAUGAACAGACUGUCGCCUGGAAUUAUCCAGCGGAUUAAUACGUCCGGCGGUGAUUACAAAAUGAUGGACAAUAUCAGUCAAUUCCAGCAAGCAUGCAUCAAAUACGGCUUAGCUGAUGUGGAUCUUUUCCAGACCACGGAUUUGUGGGACCGCAAGAAUAUCGCUCUCGUCACCCAAACCAUCUUUGCCGUUGGACGUGCAACUUACAGACACCCAGAAUGGAAGGGACCCUUCCUUGGUCCACGACCCUCGGAGGAGAAUCGCAGAGAAUUCUCCGACGAACAGCUGCGUGCUGGAGAGAACAUCAUUGGUCUUCAGGCUGGAACGAACAGGGGAGCCACACAGUCCGGACAGAGUUUCGGCGCCACCCGAAAGAUUCUCCUUGGAAAGUGAAAGAGCACCAAAGAAAUCCAGAUCAUCUCGCAAAUUUAUUAGCACCGUAUUAAUUUUAACUCCCCUUUUUUUAAUGAAUCACUCUCUUAACAAUAAUCUCCUUCAAUCGUGUAUUUAAUUGAAAAAAAUAAUUAAAUGUACGUGAAUUGAAACACAGUCUUUCAAUUAAUAUUUUUCAUAUAUUAUAACACAUUAUUUUUACAAUUUACAUUUUUUUAGUAUAGGUACUUAUACUUUUUUCUUAAUGAGGUUUUUAACCAAUGAAAAUUCGUUUUUCUUUUGUAUCAACAUUUUACAGUAGACGAAUAAUAGUGUUAGGCUUUAGUACAUUUUGUUCUUGUACAAUUCUAAAUGUUUACAAAUUCAAUAUGUGAUGUUUCUGUUUCUUCACUUUCUAUUCGAUUCUAUUAUCUAAAUUACAAAAAUAUAACUUUGUAAGUUAAUCAUCUCAAGGCACAUCACGUUCAUGAUUCUUUUCUUAUUUUUCAUCACAUAUCUGUUACAUUUUGUGCUGUUUCAGCAAUUCAAAUUGUAGUUGUAUAAUAAAGUAUUUGUUAUACA